AUGCAUUCAAAAACAUUCACAGCAAAAGUAUUUAUAAACGACACGGUUUGCUCCAUUAAAAAUGAAGAAAAAACUGGAAUUAUCACAAAAACUUGGCAUAAUUUCGAAGAUAUGCUUCAAGCAGCACCUGUUAAUAUUGUUAAAAAGUCACCAAAUGACAUGAUGUCCGGUACAAUCACCAAUGUUAAUGCUAAAGUAGACAUUAGACAUAAUAUCUCAAAUCAGAUUAUUCGUAAUGUUGAUACUAGACAUAUAACAUAUUGUUGGAAACUUAGAGAAGGAGAAUUCGUAAUUUAUAAUAAUUGGCUUGGAACAAUUGAAGAGGUUUUUGAUCAAAUUACUGUACAAUUUCAUGAUGGCAGUAUAUGUAUGGUAAAAGAUGUUAAUGCAUUGGGAAUUGAUCGAUCGGCCAUUAACAAUAAUAAUAAUAGUCAUAUAGAUAGAUUUGCUGUUGGUGAGGUUGUAUGGGCACCUCCAAGAGAUUUUCAAAAUGGUAGAUACCUUAAAGGAAACUUUAGUUCAAAACAUCAAAAAGCAAUUGUAAUAGAUUCAAGUCCAUUCAAAGUUAAAAUACGGUGGAUUUCGCAAAACCCAAUGGUCGGAAAUGAAAAAACUCUUCAUGCUAGUCUACCACCAACAGAAUUGACAGAUUUAAAGAAUUUAAUACCAUUCAAACGUCAUUAUGAAAAUUCUACAUUUGAAUUAGGUGAUAAAGUGAUUUUUAAUACCCCGGAAGAUGCAAAAUUUUACAAUUUAAAUUACAAUGUGCCAGGCGAAAGCGCUGCCGACACAAAUUACACCAUCAAUUCCACAACUAAUUCCAUUGACGAAGCUGACAAUUCCAUAAUUAUCAAUACAAACACUGUUAACACUAAUUCCGUCAACACAAAAACUACCAAGACUACCGGUAAAUUCGAUUAUCCAGGGUUUAAUCUUGAUACAAUCAUGAAACUUACGACUUCUGUUGACGUUGAAUGGCAAGAUAUGAGCCAUUCUUGCGAUAUCUCUUCAAUUGAACUAAUACCUUAUUUAAAUGUGGAUGAUCAUGAUAUGUAUCCGUCAGAUUACGUGUUAAAAAAAAAUACAGAGUCUGGAGGUGAGGAACGAUUGGGCAUUGUGCAAUCUGUUAAUGCUAUUGAUAGAACCGCAAAGAUUAGAUGGUUUCAAGAUGAAUUAAGUUUAUAUGAAUUAGUUGCACACCCAGAAUUACAAUAUGAACUGGGUGAUAAGGUUCUUAUCAGGCCAAAAAAUUCAAAAACAAAUAUUUCUGAUUUAAAAAAAGCACCACCUUCUUCAAUGUUUUAUCAAACGAUUGAAGAAUUGGCUGAUGUGUUGUUCCACCGAACUUCAGAAAAUGUUAAUAAUGAAGUUUCACAAGAUUGGGUCGGAGAAGUGAUAGAAAGACGUCGAGAAGCUAAUGAUAGUGAUGAAUGGAGAACCGCAACUGAAGAUGAGGAUGAGGACGAGGAUGAAAAAGAAAUUAAAGCUAACUCCAAUUAUUAUAACAAUCGAUUUGCACCAUUAAUGAAUUAUAAAUUUAUAGAGGAAGAGGUGGAAAUUAUUGAUGAUGAAAUGGAAGACGAUGAUAUGGAAGAGAAGAAGUUAGAAGAGAAAAUGAAUGGGAGGAGGCAGGAGGAGAAACUGAAAACAAUUAAGGACGAAGAAGGUACUACAAUAUCAAAGAUUGGAACUAACGAAAUAGCUAUGGAUGAUGAUACUAAAUCCAAAGAAACUUUAGUAGUAAACCCUAAAAAUGAAGAAAUUUCAACACAUAGUACUAUUAUUGAUAAAACAAUGACGGAAGAGAAAUCAGAAUGUUCCAGUGACAUGUAUGGAAAAGGAUCUAAUUUUGUUAUGUUAGAUGAGGCACCAAGUGAUCAUAUUUUCAUUGGAAAGAUGGUUGAAAGUCAAUCAAGUUUUUAUAUUCAAAGAGUGUUAAAAGAGCAUCGUAUACUAAAUGGCAUUUUAGUAAAAGCAUUUUCUGAUCGUUUGGAUCUUCUUCGAGUUUUGAUAUUUGGACCACAAGAAACACCAUACGAAGAUGCGCCAUUUCUAUUUGAUUUUUCAUUUCCAAAUAAUUUUCCUAAUGAACCACCUGUUGCACAUUUUCAUUCGUGGACUGGUGGCAUAGGAAGAAUAAAUCCAAAUUUAUACGAAGAAGGCAAAGUUUGUUUAAGUUUAUUAAAUACAUGGACAGGAAAAGAUGAAACAGAAAUGUGGACUCCGUUAUCGUCAAUGUUACAACUUUUAAUUUCAUUACAAGCAUUAGUACUUAAUCAAUCGCCAUGGUAUAACGAGGCAGGAUUUGAUAAGUUUGUUGGAUCAGAAGAAGCAAUUGCAUCUUCAGCUUUAUAUAACGAGAGAGCAUAUCUGUUAAGUUUAAGGGCUAUAUCAUUUGGUUUAGAAGAAGAUCUUGAAGAGUUUUAUAUUAGACGUGGUAUUCUUAAAAAGGUCAUAGGAAAAGCCUACAAAAUAAUCAAUAAAACGACUAAUGGCAAUGAAGAAGAUUUACCAGUUUCAAAAAUUUCUAAAGGUGCUAUAAAAUUGCUAACAGGAAUAAUCAACAAUCUACAUGAUCAUUUAAAGCAACAAAAAGAAGAUAUAAAUAAUGUUACAUAG